GUCUUAGUGAACCGAACGAGACGAUCUGCAUCUAGUGUAUGUUUUUCGCUAGUGCAGAGCCAUGUACAGUACCUUCAGUCACUGCCAAUGUCUUCCUCUUGAGAUCCUUCUUGGAUGGAAUGAUGAAUUCGUCUCGGAAGUCCCGAAGAGGGUCCUGCUUAUCCAAAGACUGGGCGUAUUCUUUGCUAUAAGCCCGCACGUCGUCUUUGUAAUGAAGCGGCGGGCCGCUCUUGAUAUCGCGCACAUGCAGUUUGGAACCCAUCUUGGCGCGAUCCUGCACUCUUGACAGCUUGUUCUGGCAGAUAUACUACCAGAUCAGAAUAUAAACCACCAAGAUGUCCCUUCAGCAGAUCAAAAACCCCACUACUUUUCUCUACUGCCCCGCGGUCAUCGAUGGCGGGGACCACGACGGAUUCUGCCGCUUCUCGCCGACCCCCGGAUUACCCAAUAACGUCAUUGCCGAAGCUCUUACUAAAGCUCUGUCCUGUCAUCCGCCGCAUAACCAUCCAGCGCCGCUUGGAAAUCCGACUUUACAACAUCUUCGGACUGAUUUGAGAGAGCGGCAAUCUUUGAUCGCUCAUCAUGUCACCAACAAAUAUGCUAUCCUCUACCGCCUGCCGGUUAGCACGCCGGCAGAAUUCGCCUGCUAUGAUCUUCGUACGCCAUUGCCGUCGCGUAUCCUCUGUCCCCGGAGCAGCUGCGAAUUAUUCUACGUCCCGGAACAGCGUACAAAGUCCCACCUAUUCUAUUCCAGAAUUCCUUCUUCCUUCCCGAACGCAUCGAAGACUGCGCAGACCAGCCCUUCCUUCGACGUUAUCUCUGCGACGACAGCGCGUCUCCGAGAAAUCACGGAUCCGUCAUCAUCCUCUAUCUCCACUACCCUCCAAGAGAACCCUUACCACCACCUCCGUAUCACCGUCACCAGCGGCGGCUGCCAUGGCUUCCAGUACAUGAUGUCUCUCGAGCCUGCCUCAAAAAUCGACAAGGAGGAAGAUACCGUCUUCGAAGCAGAGACCCCCAGCGAAGGGGAGGAAAACAAGGGUCAAGCCCAAGUAGUCAUGGACACUGCCUCGCUGGAACUCCUGUCUGGCAGCACGGUCGAUUACACGAUGGAGCUGAUCGGAAGUCAGUUCAAGAUCGUGGAUAACCCGCGAGCGACGAGUAACUGCGGCUGCGGGACAAGUUUCGACGUGGAGUGAACUUCUUCUUCUUAGCAGCAUCAUUGCAACUCCCGCCCUUUAUAACAAGGAGGGUGUGAUAUCAAGGUACUUAAUCGAGGUUCUUUACAAGGGCAACUGUCAUUUCAGGCCAGGAACUCAACUUAUAUAGACAUACAUACUUAACCCCUGAUGAUGAGCGUGAAAUCCCCAAUUUGUAUUAAUUCAUUCAUGUAUUGUAUGUAUACCAUAUCAGCAGGAUAGAAUGAGCAUCUCAGACUCCAGUUUAUACGAU